AUGGACGAGAAUCGAACUCUCGCGCUGAAUGCGACGCUGGCCGCCAAGGUGGCGGACGCCGAAGCGCAACAAUACGUGCUGCAGCUCUGGAUCAGCGUCUCGCAGUUCCUGUGGUGGAUGAUUCUGGUCAUAUCGGGGCUCACGGUGCCCACGUUGGUCUACGCUUUGUACACGAUGCUGACAAAGUACAAGAAGAGCAAUUACUUCCAUUUCUUGGCGCCCAUGAUCAUCCUGGACUUGAUCAAUUUGACGACCGUGAUUUGCAAUCUGUUCUCGGAUAGCUACAAAUUCAUGAACGGUAGGAGAAGUGGCCUUUUGUUGGUUGAAAAUUGAAAAGGUUGAAAACGUAAAAUUUCAAUUUUUUGAGAUAUUUUUGGGCCCAUUUUUUCAUCAAAAAUUUUUGAGUUCUAAUUUAGAUGAAACUUGACGGUAGAUUAGACAAACCCUUUCUAAAACUUAUGCUAGAUUUCUAGCUCGCACUUUACAAAAACUACCGAGAUUUUUAUGCCGUAAGAUGAGAAAAAUGUGAAGUUUUUUUGAGAAUUUUGACACACAAAGUGUCUUGCUCAUUUCUGUUUCCACGAAAUGUUUCCACAAAAAAUAAAUCUUUCCCUCAUGGAGCUGGCAGAGAUACAGCCAAAAAUUGGCAUUUUCUCUUACCGCUCUCUGCAUUUUGUGCAUUCUCUAAGCCAAAAAGGCCGUUGAACAUUUCGGUUGACUUUUCAGACUUUUUGAAUUACAAGAAGGCGAAGAUUUUUUUCUCUGUUUUUUUUAAUUUCAUGUACCUUACCCACCCUCCCCCCCCCCCCCCCCACGUUCGACGGGUCGAAAAAAAUUAUUCACCAAUUUAAACUUUUUUAAAAUUUUCACCAUCUAGAUGACGGAAUUUCUGGAUUUUCACAAUCGCAUCCGAAUCACGGUCCCUUACUUGCCCUACGGCCAUAUCAUUUUUCUCUUUGCCGCAUUUCGUGUUUUAGCUAUUCAAGAUUUUUUGAAAUUUCAAAAAAAGUAGAGCAAAAAAAUUUUUGACAUAAAAAGAAAAUAUACGUAUGUAACAAUAUAUACAAUCAAUUUUUAAAACAUGACCCGUGCAUUUUCCAGGCAGUUUCAUGUGUCGUCUGACGGCGUUCCUGACGAACGCAACCAUGUGUUGCGUGAAUUGGUUAUGGGUCAUGAUGUUCACUCAACGCUUCGCACAUAUCUUCUUCUCGAUUCAUCGGUCCAAAAAAGGACGGCUUUUAUUUCUGACUGACUCCAAGAAAUUGUUGACCUUUACAAUAGUAAUGUCGCUGAUGACACAGGUAAGUCGUUCUUGGAAGGGAAGUGCUCAAAAUGCGAUGGUCGGAUUUUGAUCAAACUUGGCAAAAAUUUAGAAUAACUUUUCCUAAGGGCUAUGUGAGAGUUUUAGCUCACAAUUUGCAGAAAAAACCGAGAUUUUUAAGUCGAAAUUAACAAAAAUGUAACAAUUUUUUUGCCGAAUUUUGGCAUGAAAAUUCUCAUGCCUAUUUCUAGCCGACAUAGUAAUGUUUCCACAAAAAAAUCAAUUUUUUUCUAUUAAAACUAGCGUAGUUAUGGCCAAAAAAGUAUGUUUUAUCUCUCACCGUCCUCCUUGUUUUGCAUGCUCUCUCGCCGGCAAACAUUUUAGACUUCAGUCUGUCGGGAAAAUAAUGUGGAUUCGUUGCGGCUCGAAAUCGUCCAGCAUCACUUUUCGACGGCUUGCCGAGGCUGGCUGCGGCAAAUCCACAUUAUUUUUCCGACAGAAUGAUAUCUCAGUUGCAAACAAAUACCAAAAAAAAAAAUUUUUUUUUAUUUCAAUGAUUCAAAAAAUCCCAUUUCCAGAUAUGGGCUCCAAUGGUGAUGACGGAGCAUCGUAUCCCAAGUACGGGUGAUAACAUGGAGGCGACGUAUUGCUCGGUCGACCUGACCCUCAUCAAUCCGGAGCUGUACAAAUGGAUUGCGGCGGCCGAAAGUCUUUGGACGUAUUUGGUGCCUUUUGUGAUCACUGUUCUCACGGACUUUGCGGUGUUGAUGUUUACGCGGGAAAGUAAAUGGUGAGGGAUUAGACUUUAUUAGACUUUUUAUUGUGCAUAGUAGACGUGACUGUCAGGGCAAGCGGGGGCGCACGGCAACCCGAAGUGUUUCCUGGUGCCUUUCGACUCUGCGCCCAUUUUGCAUUGGAUGAAAUCAAACGAAAUGUCAGAAAAUAAUUUUUCGUGGGAUUUUCCAGCCGAAAGGUUUUUUAUCUGAAUUAUUUUAUUUCUUUUGUCAAUUUUGACACUUCGUUUGGACGAAACUCAAAAGUGGGCAAGAAACAUUUUUCUUCUAUUUCGGGUUGCCGUGGGGCGUAGCUACAAAAACGGACCUGAUCCAGUGGCAAAAAAACGCGCCAUUUUGCAUCCGGGAAGUAUCAAAAAAUGUGGCAAAAUGUCUCCCUCUCCAACUAAAAAAACUCAUUUUUGAAGGGCUCCCUCAAUAAAAGAGGCGUGCUUUUGAAGUCAGAGUUUUUUCCACUUGGAGAGGGAGGUAUUUUGCCACAUUUUUUGAUACCUCCCAGAUGCAAAAUAGUACGUUUUUUGCUCCUCCCACCAGGCGACCUUCCCCACAUAAUCUUUGAUCAGCUACGCCCCUGAAAUCAAGUCUAAAAUUUUAGGAAAAAACUCUGACUUGUUCAGGUAUUCAGAGGUCUGUAGACGGAGCAAAAAGAUAAAAGACAACUAAAUCUCGACAUAAAAACACCCAGUAAUGAGAUAAAAGUUGCCUAGUUAUACCUAGAGGUGGCAAUCGGGCUGGGCCGGGCCUGAGCAGAUUUGAAAAAGCCCUGGGCCGGCCUGACCGCUUCGGCCCAUCGGCCGGGCCGACACUUUCGGCCCGGCCCGGCCCGGAAAGUAGAUAAGUAAAAAAUUUUUAAUGCUAAACCAGCAAAAUAAAGCACAAAUGCUUUGUAGAAUUUGAUGUAAAUCAAAGUGUUUAAACAGUUUUUGGUUAACCAUGUACCUUAUAACGUCCAUACUUUUAUAUAGCUAACUUCCUAUAGGAUUAAAAAAUUCAACACAAUCCAACUUUUUGGCUAGGUUUUAGCUACCUAUACGGAUGUUCCAGUCAUCCGACUAGACUUUUUAAUUUCACGCAGACACACGUAAAAACCUUCUGGAAAGCAUAACAACUUCCAAUAUUUAGAAAGUGCAAAGACUUUUAUCCAACUUUUCUGUAUUAGCGGGCCAAACCGGGCCGGGCCGGGCCGGCCUGGGCUUUCACCGGGCCGGGCCGGGCCGGGCCGGGCCGGGCCGGGCCGGGCCUGAGCAAAUUUGAAAAAGCCCUGGGCCGGCCUGGUCACUUCGGCCCGCGGGCCGGGCUGCAAAAAUCGGCCCGGCCCGGCCUGAUUGCCACCUCUAGUUAUACCAUGGUCCCUAUUAUAUUAUACUUUAAAUCCGCCUUCCAGGUUCACCACGAUCUCUACGCAAUCAGUCGCGGCCAAAUCGCGGAUGAGCAGUAUCCCGGUCUCCAUCAAAAUCCAAUCCGAAGAAGGGAUGAAAGCCGCACAUCGACGUCGACGACAAGCAAUUCGCCGAUGCCUUGUGUUGGCGACCACUCAACUUCUUUUGAACAUGCCAAAUUAUGUGCUGCAGGUCGUGGAUGAGUUCACCGGCCUCCGCGGCAAGAAUGGAGACAUGGCAAUAAUGUAUUUGUACGCGGACGCCUUCCUCUACGGGCUCUACAUGCUGCAGUUCCCGAUAUUGGCGGUGUUCGUGCGAUUGUUGCACAGCAACUACAAAUCAAGGUGAGAUUUUGGGUUUGACUCGGCUUUUAGCGGUAAAUUGUGACGGGUUAGGAGUUGUUGGAGCUACUGAUGUGUAGAUAUGAUUGAAUGUGUUAUGAUGCUGUUUGCAGCUUCAGAAGUAAGAAUCGCUCAACUCGACGCACUCAAACCAACACUGAGACCGUGACGGUGGAGCUGACAAGACAUACGAAUGGCUCCAUCGACUCUACUGCGCGCAGGGAAUCCCAAAUGUAAGUUUGAACUUAAACACUCAACAGAUGAGUCGCUGUGGGUACAGCGCUUUGAUUUCAAUGAAACUAGGCAUAAAACAGCGACUUUUAUUAAAGAAUUCCAGUCAGCGUUUUGGGAGAGAAACCGAUAUUUCAAGUUGUCAAACACGGCUUGUUCAGCCAAGAUAUUCAACAGGUAUUGUAGCCGAGAGUGUACGCUAAACGCGGACAGUAUUCAGAGAAAAACGUUUGCCAUAUUUUUGCAUAGUAAAAAUUGAUUACUAUUUUAUUUUUCUUGCAUAGUAAAAAUCGAUUUUUUGUGGAAACAUUACCUUUUUCGGCAGAAAUUGGGACAAAAAAUCUUUUCAUGCCAAAAAACCGCAAGAAAGUCCACAUUUUUCUCAACUUUUAACCUAAAAAUCUUGGUCGUUUGUAAAAAAGGCGGGCUGGGAAUCUGACAUAUGAUUUCAAAUUAUUGUGUUCUCCUAUAGAAUACAAUAAUUUGAAAUUUGUGCCAAUUUUUAUCAAAAUCUGAACGUUGCAGUUGAAGCAUGUCGCUUGGUAGAAUCCUUGCCUUUUUUGGUAUAAAUCAUUCUGUUAUCAGUCCGUCGGGAAAAUAAUGGGCACUCUGUCGCUUCAAAAUACUGGAGAUUCUUUAAAAAACAAUGGUUUAUCAGUUGGUCGGGAAAAUAAUGAGCACUCGGCCGCAUCAAAAAUCGCAUCGCCGAAAAAAUGAAUUGUGUCGUGGCAAAAUCAAAUAGCUAUUCACUUCAGCGACGCGACUAGCGCAGCGAAAUUUUACGCAUUAUUUUCCCGACAGUCUGGCAUAAAAAAAAUAUAUAUAAUAUAAACUUUGACUAUUGUCAUCAAAAUUUCUGUUGUUUCUUUUCGAUGUAAAAACAAACUCUCAAAAUGUCAUCAUUUCAUCCGUUUCAUAAGCUCCUCAUUUUCAGCUGUGUAUGUACCGAGACCUCAUUGGCCUGA